GAGAGCCGUUACCGCGCCCCGCCCGCUCUCGCGAGGCCCGGGUUCCACCUCGCCAUUGGCUGUCCGCCUCGCGGCCGCAGGUCGCGUGCGCGGGGGCGCUGAGGGGCGGGAAUCCGCGGCGGGCGGUGGUGCCGCCAUGUGCUCCGGGGGGACGCUGAGCAUCCUGCGCAGCGACUCUUACGCCGAGCUCAGUCAGUACCGGGACCAGCACUUCCGGGGCACACGGUACGACCAGGAGCGGCUGCUGAGGAAGAGCUGCACGCUGUACGUGGGGAACCUCUCCUUCUACACCACGGAGGAGCAGAUCCACGAGCUCUUCAGCAAGAGCGGCGACAUCAAGAAGGUCAUCAUGGGGCUGGACAAAGUGAAGAAGACCGCCUGCGGCUUCUGCUUCGUCGAGUAUUACACAAGAGGAGAUGCUGAAAAUGCAAUGAGAUUCAUCAAUGGAACAAGACUUGAUGACAGGAUCAUAAGGACAGACUGGGAUGCAGGAUUUAAGGAGGGUAGACAGUACGGUCGUGGAAGAUCAGGGGGCCAGGUCCGAGAUGAAUAUCGGCAAGACUAUGAUGCUGGAAGAGGUGGCUAUGGCAAAAUCGUUCAAUGCCAAUGAAAGACUUGUCAGCCUCGCAGGAGAGCUAAAGCUGCGUUGUAAGUGUCACAAGGCACGAAGUAGGUCUUUGCACACAAAUUUAUGUAGCUAGAAAUUCAGAGAAACUACUAUCUGCGUUCCAGUGAUUACAUAGUAUGUUCAGUAUCUCCCAUUUUAAUACCAGGAUCCAAAGCAUUGCAGAGUACAUAAUACAGAGGACCAGGGAGCAAGGUUUUAAGCAAUAGGGCAUGUAAAACAGGUCUCUAAAUGCUGCUGUAACUCUGCUAAAAGGAACAAGGGUUUAGUGCUAUGGUGCUUUUUUCAAUGGCAAAACUUGAUUAUUCUCUCACUGGGUUUUGUUUACAUUGGUAUCACAGAGUGGAGAGCAGCAAUAAAGGAGGAUUGUUGCAUGUUUCAGAGAUGAAAGAAAAAGGGCCUGAAAAGGAAGUGGAAUUUCUAGGGAAAUAUUCCAGUUUCUAGGGGAAGACUUGAGUUGCAAAUUUUUUAAGGUUACUAGAUUAGCAUCCUUUUACACUGAUUCUGUACCUAGCACACCUACAUGAACAGCCACAAUAAAACAAGUCAGAUUCAUAGAUUCAUAUGCCCAGGAAUAGUAAAGUGAGAAGCAAGGCUAGCAGAGAGCAGACCUCUACGAAGUAUAAUGCGAUUGCAUGACAUUGCAUGAUUCAGAACCAUUUUGCUUUGUGGGAUAGAGAGAACAGCAAGUGUAAGAAUUACAGUAGCAGUUAUUUUUACUGCUGGAGCACUAGUAUUUUGCUCCUGCCUGGUGCUCUCUGCAGCUGUAAUAUUUGAGGAACAGUAUCUUUCUUGUGCCUACAAGUGUGGCAUGAAGCCAAGUUAACCUCAGUUAACCUCAAAAAUUGGAUGUUGGAGGAACUGUGUGUAUAAUGAGAAACUUCUUCUCAAAAUAGAUUUUCUAUUUGAGAAAAUGAAUGUCAGAUGAAGGCUAAAAAAAAAAAAAACAAAACACAAAAAAAACCAAAAAAAGUUUUAGGAGGAGCCUUACUUUCUACUGAGCAUGUGGUAAGAAUGGUAAAAGAAUUGCCGGACUGUAUAGAUUCUCUCCUGCUGCCCAGGAUCUUGUUAAUACUGUGAGUUUGUAUGAUGGCAAUGUGAUGUACUGCAGGUAUAGAAAUAAAAUCAAUUAGUGAUCCCAAGAUCUGUGGAAUUGACCUGCUGAAAUGAAAUAGUUUAAAAGGAAAUGUUACAGGGCUUUGGAUUAUUUUUUAUGGACUUCUGAGUUCUUUGAAAAUGAUGAGUCAUAAUGUUUUGUCCAAAUAUCUGGUUGUCCGUGACUCCUUAAAAACCUUUUAAAUAGUAAGUGUGUAAAAGUUGGCCUUUACUUACUGAAGAUAUUGUUGGAAAUCUUGAUGUGUUUCUUGUGUACGGUUUGUCACAACUGUGACUGUAAAUUGGAAAUACAGUGAGGUAGAACAACUGCAAUGAGAUGUUGCUUACUUACGAAGCAAGGUUUUGGGUGGGCUUUGUUUUCUUUGGCACAUAGCGUAAAACUAGAUUUUUCAGGAUCGCUUGGUGCUGGUCUGCAAACGAGACUUUGUUCAAAGAUCCCUUUUUCUAUAUAGUACAUUUGAUUACGAGUUUACAGUCUGUAAUCUGCUUUAGGAAGCUCUGAAGUUUAUUUUUCAUUGUAUCAUUUUCUAUAAAAAUUUGUGUUACCAAAACUCUUAAGUCACUUUCAAAUAAAGCUGCAACAUUAAAA